AUGACGCUCGCCGUGAUCCGCCUCGCCAUCGUGGCUGGCCUCUUUGCCUCCUUCGGCGCGGUCAGCAGCCACCCGAUCGAAGACGAACAGCCCCGUCGAAGGCUGCUCUCCCCCUCUGCACCCGCCACGGACACGUACGACUACAUCGUCGUCGGAGGCGGCACCAGUGGUAUGACGCUCGCCGGUCGGCUUAGCGAAAACAACAAUGUUACAGUCGCGGUGCUCGAAGCAGGCAUCGACUACCGCUCCAACAUCAUCAACCAGCAGCUCGUCGAUACCCCAGGCUUCGACGUCUUCGGUGUCGGCGCUGCACCUAGUGAGUCGUUCGUCAACGCGCCCAUCGACUGGAAUUUUGUGACCGAGGGAGAGCCAGGAUAUGACAACCGCAAGGUGCACUAUGCGCGCGGCAAGUGCGUCGGUGGCUCGUCGGCGAGGAACUUCAUGCUCUACCACCGCCCGCCCAAGCAGGCACAGCAGACGUGGGUCCAGCUGACAGGCGACGGUCAAUGGUCAUUUGACAACACGCUGCCGUACUACCAGAAGACGUUCACCGCUUUCGGGCCCCGUCACGAGUUCAGGAAGGACGACCCGCCGGCCGAGUACAACCCCGCUGCGUUCCCUGGAAGCGGCCCGGUUAGUAUUGGGUUCCCCAACUACGCCCAGCCGUUUUCCGGUCCGCUGCUCAACAGUCUCAAUGAGGUUGGAGUGCCGACGACAAACGAUAUGAGUUCCGGUAACAUCCUGGGUGCGCAGUACUCUACGUUGACGGUGGAGAAGACGAACGGGAAGAGGGCCACGUCGCGCUCAUUCUACGACCAGGCGCUGACGGAUGAGCGCGCCAACUUGAAUGUCAUCUUCCAGGCUCUGGCGAAGAAGGUGGUGUUCGAUACGUCGGGCAGCAAACCCAAGGCUGUUGCGGUCGACUACACUCUGCCCUUGGGAGUCAAGAAGACGAUCAAGGCCCGCAAGGAGAUCAUCAUCAGCGCGGGAGCGUUCCAGUCGCCUCAGCUGCUCAUGGUCUCCGGAAUUGGACCUUCGGACCAGCUCAAGGCACAGAACAUCCCCGUGCUCGUCGACAACGCCAAUGUCGGGCAGCACAUGCAGGACCACGUGUUCUUCGGUCCCACGUACACCGUUAACGUCGAUACCCCGACCAAGGAGGCCAACGACCCCGUGUUCCUCGCCUCGUCCAUCGCUGCGUUCAACGCGGAGAACCAAGGCAUCUUCACCAACAACGUCGCCGACCUGAUCGCCUUCGAAAAAUGGAACAACACGUUCCUCGACUCGAUCCAAGCUGGAGCGCUCAAAAGCAACCCCUCGGACUGGCCCGAGAUCGAGUACCUCUCCGGCCCCGGCUUCAUCGGCGACUUCAGCAACCUUGUGAUCAACAACUUCAUCAACGGUCUCACUCUGCAGCAGUUUGCUUCGCUGCUCGUUGCUAUCGUCGCUCCCGUGUCGGAAGGGUCGGUGACGCUCAAGAGUGCGGAUACGAGCGAUCUACCCGCGAUUCGACCCAACUGGCUCUCGAGCCCCGUGGACCAGCAGGUGGCGAUUGCGGCCUUCAAGCGCGCGCGUGCCGUGUUCAAUGCGAAAGCGAUGAACAGCACGCGUACGAGCAACACGGAGAGCUUCCCCGGUCUGGACGUGGCUACAGACGACCAGAUCCUCGCGAGCAUCAGGAAGAACUUGAUGACCGUGUGGCACGCCGCGUCGACGUGCAGGAUGGCCAAGGACGCUCAAUCCGGUGUGCUCGACUCGAACUUCAAGGUGUUCGGUGUGGAUGCGCUGAGGGUGGUCGACGCCUCUUCGUUCCCGAGGCUGUUGCCCGGUCAUCCCCAGGCUGUGUGCUACAUGAUCGCUGAGAGGGCGGCUGAUAUUCUUCUUGCUGCUAACAAGUGA